AUGAGUGUGGCGAGUGCGACGCAAGAAUGCGUCAGUCCGCCACCGCCGGAACCACCGCCUCGGGAUUAUACGGACAUGUCAUUAAGUUUUCGUCAUGACAUCGAUAAUCAACAACAACACCGUGUUGUUGUUGUCGAUAAUGACGAAGACGCAAUUGCGGACAAAUUCGCUGUUGAUGGUGAUGUGAAAAUUCGUGCUCGACUAGAAGCAUGUCGUCAGGGUAUGAUGCAGUUGGAUGCGCUGCGCUCGAAGCAUAUGAGACUUAUGCAGGAGAUGCGCGGUCGGCUACCGACAAUACCCGGAUGUGCUGAUGUACAGGCUAGAAUUAAAAGAACUGCAGCUUCAGAUCGAUCUUCGUUGCAAAGCGUUGACAGUGGAGUCAGCUCAAUUCAGACAAUCCCAUCAACUCGAUGCUCCUCACCUUCGAUCAGUCACCGAUCGUCGGUCAGCUGCGAUUCUGGCUGCAGUAGUGUUUAUAGCAAUGAAGCAAGUCCACCUCAAGCCAUGCCAUAUUCGACUUAUCGCAAACUAUCAAUUGAGCAAAAGGAAGCAACACCUACAAUGAAUAACGAACCACCGAUGCGUACGCCAUCAAUACCAAUAGUGGCCACCACUAUUGCAUCAACAACCAGUCUUCGUUCGGAUAAAGUAGCUCGAGCAUGGCGUAGACAACAACAGCAACGACCUCGUAGUAUGUUUGAACGUACAGAAGAACAUAGUCCUAGUCGAGACUCAUUAAUCGACACACAAACAUUUAUGCAAAUCACCCCACCACCAGUGCAUCGUAAAAUGGGCGUGGCUGGGCAGCCACCCCGCUCACCAUUGGCACCUAUUCGAUUGGCAGUAAAUGUGUCGCCACAGUCAAAUCGUCCACUUCGGACAGCUCAGAAGCCUGAUAUCACCAAAGUUGGCAAAGUCGAGAAUGCGGAUAUGCUUUUCCGAGCCAGUCGCAUAUAUGUUGAUCGCAGUCCACCACAAGACCGCCGUCAGUGUGCGACUGCACAAAGUCCACGCGUCGACAGAAGAACUCGUCCGAAGAGUAUGUUCGAGCAGGCCGAUGAGCCAUUAUAUGCGACACCAGUGAGGGUAACAAACAGAGAAUUCCGCGCCGCACCGGCCAAUUCACCUGCGGUGGUUCGUAGGACAGCAUUUGUCCCCGUAGUUUCAAGAUUUACUGCAAGCACUAGCCAUGACCAAAUCCGUUCGCAAAAAUCACGACCAGUCGAAAAGAACUGGCGCGAGUCGGAGGGAUUAUAG